AUGGUUCAUUGGUCGAGAAAUAAUGCACAAGUUCCAGGACCCGCGAAUGAUCCACCUUCGAACAUCAUUAAUGACAUUCGACGAGAUUACGGUGUGGUCAUGAGCUAUCAGAAGGGAAACCUGAAGACCGGGCAUCGAGGCAAAGGCAUCGUUGCGUUAUUUAGGAGAGCUGCAAAGGUUUAUAGUUUUGGAGAGUUUGAGAAGUUCAUGGUCGAAAUAGACAGUAAAUCGCAUGUUGCAUGGAAGUAUCUAACAGGGAUGGGGAUCGAACAUUGGGCACAAUCACAUUUCCUAGAACGUCGAUACAACAUGAUGACGUCGAACAAUGCAGAGUCGCUUAGCGCUUUAUUCAAGAAAGAUCGAGAACGUGAAGAAUCACAGAGUUGUACAAGUAUGCUAACCUCAGUUCAGGAAGAUAAACUCUUCAAGACUCUAGAUGUGGCGAGAAAGGUAUAUGUAGAAUCACUGGAUCAGUUUCGCUUCUCCGUGAGAUGUGCACGUAAUUUCGGAUAUAUCGUGGAUUUGAAUGAUAACACGUGCGCGUAUAAACAGUUUCAGUUGGAGAGUUUUCCGUGUACACAUGCAGUGAAAGUGGCUAUGCAUAGAGGAUUUCCACCACACACCUUAUGCAGUCCGUAUUACAUGACUGAUUAUUGGAAAGCAGCGUAUGCGGAGAUAAUAUUUCCUGUACCAAACAAAGUCGAGUGGGAAGUUCCCGACCAUAUUCUCCCACUUAAUAACUUGUUGCCACCAGCAGUCGGACCACAUACUCCUGAACAUACACAUACGUCUAGAAUACCAUUUACCAGAGAGUUUCUCCAGCAUCGUAAGUGUGGUGCAAUAGGGCAUACUAGAAGAUAUUGUAUAAGUUAG